AAAUAAAACUUCAGUAUAAUAUUAGUAGAGGCGGGUGGCGUGGAUUUGUUUUUCUCCCCUCCGUCACAAUUGUUUGUUCUCACCCCCCGUCCAAAGUCAAUGAAGCAUAAACAAACAAAGAGACAUCUCGCAGCCUGGAUGAGGAUGAGGGCAGCCUCAUGUUCUCCUACUUGCACAAUAUAAUAAUACUGAUACAUAUACCUGACCGCACGCACACAAGGAGGAGGAGAGAAGCUGUAAGCUACUUUCCAGAGACAACUAGCUUAGUAAAUAAUAUUAUUAGGAAUGACGAAGGUAUUCCCAAACGGGCCUUCCUCCUCCUGCAGCGACGCCAUCGAGACUGUCCUCACCGUGUGGAAGAAAUCUAUGUUGUUGAAUUGCGAGGGGUUUACCGUGUUUAACGCCGAAGGUAAUUUGGUUUAUAGGGUGGACAACUAUCUGGCAGGCAAUAAGGGCGAGAUUCUACUCAUGGACGCGGCCGGCAACCCUCUCUUUACAAUCCGUCGCAAGAGAUUGAGCCUCGCCGAUAGCUGGGUGGUUUACGAGGGUGAAACAGGCGCGAACCCCCGGUUCUCUGCGAGGAAGCAGAUGAAUCUGCUUAAAUCGAAGUGUUUGGCUCGUGUUGUUGAAUUAGCUGGAUCAUGGUCGGGUAAGGGUAUGAGUGUGUAUGAGAUCGAGGGGUGUUACGGGAAGAGAUGCUGUGCGGUGUACGAUGAGAAGCGGAGAAUAGUGGCGGAGAUCAAACGCAAGGAAGCAGCGGGAGGGUUGAGCUUUGGCACGGACGUAUUCCGCCUCGUCGUCCAGCCUCAGAUUGAUACCACGGUAGCCAUGGCCCUCCUCAUCCUUCUGGACCAGAUGUUUGGAUCUUCUUCCACUACUCCAUGACAGAUUUUUGUACUCAAUCUCGAAAUCAACAAUCCCCGCUUUCUUCGAUAUAUAUACUCCUUUUUAAUCAACGCCUUUUCCGACCCCUUGCUUCUCCCUCAUUCACUGUACAUAAUAAACUGUAAUAUAGACAUCACAAUUUUCUAACAACAUUCUUCCUCCCCCAAUCUCAUCAACCCCUCUCAUUUCUGCC